AGCUCCUGUACUUAAAGUUUGUUAGUCAUUCGGAUUUUCGAUGUAAGUGAAAACGAGUGCCGACAUUUUUACGAUUUGUACCUUGCCUAUAAAAAUCGAGAUAAUUUUAUUUGUAUUUUUACCGAUUUUCGGAAUAUACGUUAAGUCUAAACAUGGAAAAUAAAACAACAUAUGAGUAUAUUCCGGCUUUUUAUGCCGGCCGCUGUAUAUUCAUUACCGGAGGGACCGGGUUUAUGGGUAAAGUUCUUAUUGAAAAGAUUUUACGAUCAUGUCCCGAUGUUGCAAACAUAUUUGUACUCAUACGGCCGAAAAAAGAACUAAGUAUCAACGAUAGACUGCAGAAAAUGUUGGAUAACAAGCUUUUCGAUCUGCUACGAAGCACGCAACCGUCUGCGUUUGAUAAAAUUAUUCCUAUAAGUGGAAAUUUAGCUGCUGACAAUUUAGGAUUGCUUCCCUCCGAUCGAGAAAUGUUGAUCGAAAAAGUAUCUAUAAUAUUCCACAAUGGAGCUAACGUCAGAUUUGAUGGAAGUCUAAAAGACAUGAUUCUCAAUAACACUAGAGGAACGCUAAAUACUUGUAUUUUAGCUGAGAAUAUGAAGCAACUAGUCGUAAGUGUUUAUUACUUACUUUGUAAAAUAAGGUAUUAUUAAAUAAUUAAUGGGUAU